AUGCCGUGUCUCAUCAAGACCGCUGUGGACCUGGACACUUCAGGAGGGUCAUUUGAGGUCAAGUUCACUUCUCGCAUGUCUACUCAUACCCUCGAGAGGGUUGUCAUUGAAAUGAGGCUUGGAGAAGGAGCAAGCGGCAUCAAAUGCAUAGUUUCGAGAGGCUCAGGUGGUGCAGGAUUUGGAAACGUUAUGGGAGGUAGAGGUAGUCCUGGUGGCAGUGGUGCAUCGUGGGCGUUCGAUUCGAAGAAAAUGACCUUGAAGUGGGAAAUAUCCGCCGUACCUCCUGCAAGCACCUGGUCUAUGCAAGGCUCAUUUACAACACCACGCGCCCCUCGCCCGUCACGGGCGAUACGAGUCCGCUUCCAGGUUCCAUCUCACACAUUUUCUGCACUCAAAGUCGAUCAGUUGAAAAUUAUAGGGGAAAAUUAUAAACCAUACAAAGGUGUCCGCGGCCGUUCGUCUGUGGACGUAGAAUGGAGAUGGUAG